GGUUAUGUUCAGUUAUAUCUUUAUUGUAAGGUUAACUUUGAUCUUGGCACGAGUUGCCUUUAAAAGACUUUGCAAUACGUUUGUAAAAUUUCAUUAUUUAACAACAUUCUAUUUCUAGUUGUUAAGAAUACAUUUUCUAGAUAAUCAUGGUGGAGGAGAUUCAAAAGAAGCUACAGAAUGAAAUUGAUAAAUUAAGACAGAUGCAAAAAGAUUACAAUAAAAUGUUAAGUCAGAGGCAACAAUUAGAUGGACAACUAAAUGAGAAUAUCAUGGUGAAAAAGGAGUUCGAACUUCUAAAAGAAGACAAUGAUGUAUUCAAAUUAAUUGGACCUGUGCUUGUGAAACAAGAUUUGUACGAAGCUAAACAGAAUGUCGACAAGCGUAUGGAUUAUAUCACAGCUGAAUUGAAACGCGUUGAUGACAUGUUAGCUACCACGGAAAAGAAAUUGGAUACUCAAAAGGAAAUGUUAGAAAAAUUGCAAAGUGCGUUCCAGCAAGCUCAACUCAAGGCCUCACUAAACCAAUCAAAAUCAUAAUGUCACAAAUACUAGCUUUGUGGAAGUGAGCAAGUGUAUCCAACAGCCGUCAACCAUGUAGUUUUUGUUGGUUAUUCCACUCUUGGGCCGAAUUUCCACUGAGCGCGUCACGCAUCGACAUCAACAAUACUUUCGAUACACUCGAUCUUUCAUGCCUUUUUUAAGAGUGGAUUUUCACUGAGCGCGUAACGCGUCACGCGUCGCGUUAUCUGUCGC